CUAUGGAUAUUGCAUGACCAGCCAAACAGCACGGCGAACUCACAUAACAAUGCCUUCUACAUUUUUUUAAUUAGGACAGAGGAUGCAACGGAGGACAUGGCCCUCUACUACUUGGAAAUGUGCAACGGAAACUGCAACGAUGCUCUACAGCUGUACUACGAAAUAAACGGAGGGCCCCCUCCGCAGGGAGGACAGGCCGGGGGCCCAACGGGGUCCCCACAAGGCACACUAACAGAUGGACACAUCGGACAAGCAAUAAGUCACCACAAAGAAGAUCCAGUGGAAGAAAGUUGCAGCACCCAGUGUGACGACAGCGUUAGAGAGCCGGAUAAACAUUUUAGCCAAGCGUUAAUUAAUGACAUGGAUUAUUCUAAUUUUUUGCACAUUAAUACAAAGAACAAGAAUGAAAAAAAAAAAAAAGAAAUGGAAUUAGGGGACACAUUUGGGAAGCUGUUUUCUGCACCCACUUCUCUCAUUUGUUCGCUGUCUUUGGAAGAGGUGCGUAAAAAGGCAAAAGCGGAAAAUAAGUACAUCCUUGUGAGCAUUCAGGAUUCUGAAUUCGACUCCUUAAAGUUGAACAGGGAUAUUUGGAACAACGAAAUGGUGCAGGACAUAAUAAAGGACUUUUUCAUUUUUUGGUUGCGCCAUGAGCACGACCAGGAUGCACUGGUCUUCACCAGCACCUACAAGGUGACGAAGCUGCCGCACAUCUGCGCUCUCUGCAAAAGAACCGGACGAAAGAUAAAAGUGUGGAACAUCAAAAACUUCCAGGACCCAAUAUGUGCCCAAUCACAGUUGUACGAAUUUAUCGAAAUGAUGGUUUCUAAAAAUGAGGGAGAUGCAGGGACAGUUACUAAAGGCGCUCCUCCGUUUGAACUUCGCAGUGAGGUAAUCCCAACUGAAGGGGAAAAUAACAACAGCACGUGCAGCGUCGUCCAUGCGAAUGCAUCUUGUAACACUUUAAAAGGAACAACACCUGGGGAAGGGGAAACCCCUGCGGUAGAUAGCAAAGAUAAAGAUCGUGGCAGCCCUGAAGGUUUUCUAAAAACAACUGAAGAACCAACAACCGAGGGUAGAGAAAACGCAGUGGAGUAUAACAAAAUAAAUAAUGAAUUGUCCGAGCUCCACAAAUUGAGAUUACAACGGUUUCGGAAGGGAUAG